GCUUCAGUCACAUGACAGGCCAAAGUCACACGAAAACAGGAAGUAAAUGUCAUAAGAAUUAGUUAACAACGUACGGAGGAGGAAGAAGCAAUGGGGUCAGCCGUGGAGCGGAUGGAUGAUCUGGUCAAGGAGUACCUGAUAUACCGCGGUUUCACCAGCACCCUCAAGCACCUGGACUCUGAAAUCAAAGCCGACAAGGAGAAAGGAUUCCGAGUGGAUAAAAUAAUUGACCAGCUUCAGCAGUUCAUCCAGAGCUACGACCUGUCUGCCCUGAAAGAUUACUGGGGAUACCUGGACCGCCGACUUUUCUGUCGAUUAGAAGAUGUCUAUCGACCCACCAUCAACAAGCUAAGGACCAGCCUUUACCGAUACUACCUUGUAUACACUGUGCAGACAAACCGAAUUGACAAAACCCAGGAGUUUUUCCAGAAGCAGGCUCUCGAGCUUCAAGGCCAGGUCGAAUGGCGUGAUUGGUUCAUCCUGCCCUUUGUCCCCUCCCCUGACCAGAACCCUGUAUUUUCCCCUUACUUCACCCGCCAGUGGGCCGACACCUUCCUGGUCUCUCUGCACAACUUCCUAAGUGUCCUUUUCCAGUGCAUGCCCCUACCGGUGCUGCUGAGUUUUGAUUCGGAAGUACAGAGAAGCCUUGGUCUGCAGGAGGAUAAUGAACAACUGCGGCAAUUGCUAUUUGCUCUGCAGGCAGAGCCUCGGCUGAAGAAGGACGAGGAGAUGGUGCAUCACAAACUCCCCCCGUAUGUGCAGAACAUGGACCGGCUGGGAGACACUGAGCUGGACCUGGUGUCCAGCCAGCGGAGCGUCAGCCCGGCCACCCCCUCUCGGAACUUCUUCUCCACGUUCCUCCCCCAAGGAAAGCGGGCACCUGGCAAGACGCCCCAGGGAGCUGGGUCCUCGCCAACACAGGCCACCAUGGGAAGGAGGGACACUGCGGCUAACCAAUCUGCAAAGCCUAAGGAUCUGCCAGCCUCCAGAGAUUCCAAGGCUGUGCCCAGUGUAGGGUCAGCCAGUGAUCAACCAGCCAGUCACCCCAGGCAGAGGAGACACCAGGACCACGAGAAGGAGCGGAAAGAGCUGCUGUCCAAGCCUCCCAGCCAGAAUGUCGAGAAGAGGGGCGAGAGCUCCGACGCGGAGCCCCACCCCGAGGCGACGAACGAGCCCGCGGAUUCGCCGACCGGUCAGGCGCGAGUGGGCGGGGAAGGAGGCGGGCUGGUGGAGCAGCCCUUCAUUAAGCUGAGUCAGGAGGAAUACGGGGAGCACCACUCGUCCAUAAUGCACUGCAGGGUGGACUGCUCAGGGAGGAGAGUGGCGAGUCUCGAUGUGGACGGUGUCAUCAAGGUGUGGUCCUUCAACCCCAUAAUGCAGACCAAGGCCACCAUCAUGUCCAAGUCCCCGCUGCUGUCUCUGGAGUGGGCCACCAAGCCCGACAGACUGCUGCUGUUGGGGAGCGGUGUGGGGACAGUGCGGCUCUACGACACAGAGGCCAAGAAGAACCUGUACGAGAUGUCAAUAGACGACGCGCACCCACGGAUCCUGUCCCUGGCCUGCAGCCCCAGCGGGACGUCCUUCGUGUGUUCGGCGGCGGCGCACAGCGCCCGAACGGGGAGCCUGACGGAGGGCGGAAGCCGCGCCUCCGUCCCCGUGUCGGGGCAGCUGCUCCUAUGGGACACGAAGACCGUCAAACAGCAGCUCCAGUUCUCCCUGGAACCGGGGCCCGUGGCCAUAAACUGCACGGCCUUCAACCACAACGGCAACCUGCUGGUCACGGGGGCGGCCGAUGGCGUCAUCCGGCUCUUCGACAUGCAGCGCUACGAGAGCGCCAUGAGCUGGAAGGCGCACGACGGGGAGGUGUACAGCGUGGAGUUCAGCUACGACGAGAACACCGUCUUCAGCAUCGGGGAGGACGGCAAGUUUAUCCAGUGGAACAUCCACCGGUGCGGAGUGAAGCAGUCGGAGUACACGCUGCCCCAGGACGCCACGGGACCCUUCGUGCUGUCGGGGUACAGCGGGUACAAGCAGGUUCAGGUGCCCCGCGGGCGCCUCUUUGCCUUCGACUCCGAAGGACAGCACGUGCUCACCUGCUCCAACAACGGGGGCCUCAUCUACAGGCUGAACGAAGGCGAGAACGGUCUGGAGAGCAUCCUGGCCCUGGGGGGUCACAAAGCGCCCGUGGUCACCGUGGACUGGUGCUCCGCUGUGGACUGCGGCACCUGCCUGACCGCCUCCAUGGACGGCAAGAUCAAACUGAGCACGCUCCUGGCCCAGAAGUCCUGAGAAGCCGCGGCUCGUGACAGAGGGACAUGAAGGGAGGGGGGCGGAGGCUUUACAGUAUCGAUCCAGCAGCGGUCACGGAGCCCACAUUCUUACAGACUGUGCUUCCUUAGGCUGCAGUUCAUUUUUAUUAAGGGUGACCGCGUUCUCUCCAGACAUUUUCAGUAUUGCAUUGGCUGCCUGUUUACUUUCCUUCAUAGGGUAGGUCAGGUGGGAGGUUACAACUAUAUAUAAUUACCAAUACUAUUUCUAAUGGAGUUUGUAAACCUAUUGUUGAAGUAGCGGCGGUUGCUAGGACACAGGAAAUGACCCAGUAAGACAAAUCUCUCAUCCUGGUCUUCAGUCUUCGAUUCUCCUUCAGAGAUUCAGAUCUCUGAGGUUCUGGCCGUCGGUACGUGACAGAAGACACAUGGUGUGGCUGUAUGAUUUUAAUGAAAAACUGAGAAUUGAAACAUGUUAGCCAUCCAUUCAGUAACAACAGAACAAAAUAAAUUACAGUUUAGAAUGCAUAAAAAUAUAUUUGAUGCAGUAUUGACCUUAACACAGUUGUUCAGUGAAUUGUGUAUAUUCCAGAAUUAAUAAAUGAGAUCAUUCCGAAUACCCUUGCUUGUACAGGGUUUAGACAUUCUGCUGUGAUACUGAAUGCCACCCCAAAAUUGUAUGAUUUUACAAAUCUUGUAUGUAAA